AUGUUCUCCACACCAGACGGGCACAUCGUCUCCCCAUGGCAUGACCUCCCGCUCUUCUCCCCGGCCUCGCUCCUCCACUUCAUCUGCCAAACACCCCGAGACUCCGUCGUGGGAUUUGAUCUCGCGUGCUCAGAACCCAACACGCCGCUGCGCCUGAAAAGAGUCCUCCCCCGCACGUCCACCGUAGCGGCAAUGCUGCAGCAGAAGCCUUCCGCGGCGGGGCGUCUCGCCAAGCCGUUUGAAGUCCCCGCACCCUGCAACUGCGGCCUUCUGCCCCAGACCUGGGUGCUCAAACCCGGCGCUUCUGCCGCUGCCGCCGCCGCCGCCGCUGCCGCCGCUGCUGCCGGUGCUACCGGCGGGAUAGGGGACGGGACGGGAGUAACCGCGGCAAACCUAGGCGGGCAGCCAGUGCAAGUGGUAGAAAUAGGCACCAACCCGUCCUGGACCGGGGAGGUGUAUGAGGUGUGUCCGCUGGUGGCGAUUUGUGUGGCCGUGGGGCCGGGGCAGUGGGUGUGGACGCUGGUGACUGUAGCGGCGGAUGAUCCCGAGGCUGCGGAGGUGUGUGAUUAUAUGAGCAAGGCGAGCUUGGAGACUCUGGAGGAGACGCUUGCGGGGAUUCGCGAGUGGUUGGAGGCGUUUUACCACCACCAGCCAGGCACGCCCCUGCCCCCGGCAGCGAGCAGCAUAGAGCGAGUGGUGGACACCAAAACAGCCGCGGAAUUCGUCUCAGGGGCGCAUUCCCUUCCCUUCAGACCCCCAUUUAACGCGCCAAGCCACAAACAGACUCCCCAUUCUCUCUCCCCUUCUCUCCCCCCUCCCUCCCCCCCAUCCCUCCCUUUCCCCUUCCCCCCAGGCACGCCCCUACCCCCAGCAGCGAGCAGCAUAGAGCGAGUGGUGGACACCAAAACAGCCGCGGAAUUCGUGUCUGAGGCGCAUUCCGCCUGGCAGGCCAAGUUCCUCUCACCCCAGACCCUCCCCCACGCGCCCAACCUCCCCCACGCGCCCCUCCCCGCGCCCCCCAUCUCCCCCAUGGGGUAUGGCGGGGCGGGGGCGGCUGGGGGAGCGCCGUUUAGCCCGUAUGGGCGCGGACAGGGCGCGGGGGGAGGGGGAGGCGGAGGGGGAGGGUUUGUGUUGCCUAGUCCGGGAGCAUAUGGGCGGGGGGGAGGGGGAGGGGGAGGGAUGGGGGGAAACUGGCAGCAACAGCAGAUGAUGAUGCAUGGGGGGGGGAUGCACGGGGGGAAUGCGCAUGGGGGGAACAUUCAUGCGGGGGGAAUGCAUGGAGGGGGAAUGCAUGGGGGGGGGAUGCAUAUGGGCAUGGGUAUGCAACAGCAGCAACAGUACAUGCAGCAAUACGGGGGAAUGGGGAGGGGGAUGGGCGCAGGGGGGAGUUGGGGGAGAGGGUAUGGGGGAGGAAGCGGGGGAAUGGGGGAAUACGGGGAGUAUGGGGGGCAAUACGGGGAGCAAGGGGGGUAUAUGGAUCAGCAGGGGGGGUAUGGGGGAGAGUAUGCAGAGCAAGGGGGGUAUGGGGGACAGUAUGGGGGGGAGAUGGGGGGAGAUGCGUAUGGGGAGGAGAUGGGGGGGUGGGAAGGCGGAUAUGGGUAUGGGGAGGGGGACUAUGGCGGACAGAUGGGCGCAGGGGGGGGGAUGGGGGGCGGAUAUGGUGGAAUGGGGGGAAUGGGGGGGAUGGGGAGAGGAAGGGGGAUGGGGCAUAUGGGGGGGAUGCAAACACCACAGCAGCAGCAGCAGCAGCAGCAGGGGUAUGAGUAUGAAGGGGGGGAGUAUGGGGGAAUGGGGAUGGGGAGGGGGAUGGGCAGAGGCGGGGGGAAGGCCAUGGGGGGAAGAGGGGGAGCGUAUGGGCGGGGCAUGGGCGCACAGGGGAUGGAGGGGAGGGGGAGGGGAUGGAACAACCAGGGGGGAAUGCAAGGGGGAGUGGGGAGGGGGCGGGGCAAUGGCAUGAUGAGGCGGAGCAAUACCACUGGGGCGGCAGGGCUGAGGGGGGAUGGGGGGGGCGGAGAUGGGGAAGGGGAGUUUGGGGAGGGGGCAGGGGGAGGGGGAAGGGGGUUGGGGCGGGGGGGAAUGAUGAGGCCUGGGGCAAUCACUCGGUCGAACACCGCUGGGGGGAGAAUGGAAAUGGAAGGGCCCUAUGGGGAUACAGAGCAUUCAGGCAUGGGCAUGGGCAUGGGGAUGGGGAUGGGGAUGGAAGGGGAGGGGUUGGAAGGGGAGGAAGGGGAGGAAGGGGAGGAAGGGGAGGAAGGGGAGGAUAUGGGGUGGGAGCAAGGGGAAGAGUAUGGUGGGGAAUUUGGUGGGGGAAAUGGUGGCCCUGCAGUGGGCGGGGGAAUGGGGGGGAUGGGGGGAGCAGGGGGGGCGGGGGGAGUGGAGUUGAAGCGAAAGAGCUCCCUGAGAAGAAAGCCGGCAGGGGGGAAUGGGGAAGGGGCGGAGGGGGAAGGAGGCGAGGCGAGACCAAAGAGAAGCGUUCGUUUUAACCAAGUGGUGCGAGUGAAAGUGAUCCGGAACCUGAAGGGACGCACAGAGGAGGAGGAGGAUGAGGACGAGGAUGAUGGCGAGGAGGAAGGGGAGGAGGAAGGGGAGGAGGGGGAGGAAGGGGAGGAGGGGGGGGAGGGGGAGGAGGGAGAGGGAGAGGAGGGAGCGGAAGUGGAAGGGGAGGUGGAUGGGGAAGGGGAAGAGGAAGAAGAAGGGGAAGGGGAAGAAAUUUCAGAGAAGGAAAGUCAGUCGACAGAAGGAGGGAUGAGAGGGGAUGUGGAGGGUGAUGGUGAUGGUGAUGUUGAUAAUGGUGAUGAUAAUGAUGAAGAUGAUGAUUUCUCUGAAGCAGAGGAGGAGGAUGGAGGCGAAGGGAUAUUGUUAGAGGAGGAAGGGGAAGAGGAGGGGAAGGCGGAAGGGGAGGAGCAGAUGGUAGAGGGGGAGUUGGUCAAGGCGUUAGCUGAUGAUUCUGGUGAGAAUGGCCGGUCAGGCCAGUCUUAUUCGGAGGGGAUCAGGGGUGGGGAGGGAAAAAGGAAAGGGAAGGGGAAAGAAAAGGGGAAAGGGAUGGGGAAAGGGAUGGGGAAAGGGAUGGGGAAAGGGAGCGUUUCUGGUAUGUUGGGGCGCGCUGUUUGGAAGAAAGGGGCGGUGGAGGAUGAAGAGGACGAGGAGGAAGAUGAUGGGCGGAAGGAGGAGGAGGAGGAGGAGGAGGAGGAGAAUGAAGAGGAGGAGGAGGCGAGAGAUGGGGUUGCUGGUGGGAGGGAUGGGGCCAAAGCAGCAGGUUCGGCAGCAGGGCUUUCCUCUCGCGGCCGGCAUGGUUUGGCUCGUAGCGGAGGGACAGUGGCAGAGGCGGAAGCUCAGCUAAGGGAGAUGAGACUGGGAGGGAGUGGGGGAGAGUGGGGAGGGGAGGAAAGGGGGGAUCUGGGAGGUGGGUUUGAGAACUCUCCUUCUGCUGUCAAUGGGGAGGAAAGAGGAGGGGAAGAUAGAGGGGGAGAAGGCAGAGGUAGGAAGCUGGGACUAGGACCAGCAGCAGGAGGAGCAGCGGCAGGGGAGGCAGUAGCAGCACCCGUGAGACGCUUGCGGAGGUCGAAAGGUGGGGACAGCAGCAGCAGCGGUGGGAGCGGGCAGAUCUCCCAUUUGAUUGCUGGUGUCUCUAGCAAUAGCAGCAGCAGCAGCAGUGCUGCCAGCAGCCCUUUGGAAGGGCAGGGAGGAGGUGCAGCAGAUGCAGCAGCUGAUGCAGUGGAAGCAGGAGGAGGAGCAGAGGGGGUCACAGAAGGGGAGGGAAGCAGAGAGGCAGCAGCAGGAGAGUUGGCACUGAAGCGAGGGGGGAAAGGGAAGGCCGGCAAGGUCAAUCGACAACCUUCUUUAGGUGGGCAGGGGGAUGGGACGGGUGCUGCUGCUGCUGGUGCUAGUGUAGCAACAGGAGCAGGGGCAGCGGCAGGAGCAGCAGCAAGUGGAGUAGCAGAGGGGGUGUCAUCGCUCCCCCCUGCGGGUGCAGCUGGGGGUGUAAAGAAGAGGAUAGUACGACGGUCCUCCCUAGGUAGUGGAAACUUUGCCGAUGCUCUUGCUUCACCUUCUACUGCUGCUGCUGCUGCUGCUGCUGUGGCAGAUGGGGCCGGGAAUGAGAGCGCUGCAGAUGGGGAGAGCAGGGAGGGUAAGCCUGCGAGAGUGCAGCGAACGGGUAGUGGGAAGGUGAGGAAGAAACAGGGGUCUAUCGGCGGGGCUAGUGACUGGUCAAGCGCAGAUGAAGGGGCUGGUGGUGCUGGUGCUGGUGCUGGUGCUGGUGCUGGUGGUAAGGAUAAGCCAGUGAGGAAACUGAAGAGAGGUAAAGGGUCGUUGGGUAGUGGCAGUAGCAUCGACUUGAGUGGAGCCUUGGGUGGGAGUGGGUAUGGCAGUGAUUCAGGAUCGAGCGUAGCAGGGCUAGAAGGAGCAGGAGGAGUGAGUGGAGGAGGAGCAGGAGGAGGAGGAGGAGGAGGAACGGGAACACCUUCGAAGCCCCGUCUUCGAAAGACCCCGUCUGCUUCUCGUGCCGCUCUUGCAGCAGCGUGUGACGCACCUCUCCCGCCCCCGCACAGCCAUAGCAAUUCACUUAACCCCGCUUCUACUCCCCCGCCCGCACAUGGAAUGCUGCUGGUAGCAGUCGUGGGAGCAGCAGUGGAUUGA